UGGCCGAUUUAUCCAAAUGAAAGCAACAUAAAGCAUCUCUACUUCCAUCAAUACUAGCGUUACAAAAUCUGCAAGUCUUCUUUGAUUACCUCCAGCCCUGUAAGUGACGGAGAGAACUUAAGACACCAUGUCCCAAUGGGCACAUCUUCCAAAAGAACUGUUAGACAUGAUCAGCAAAUGCUUAGAUUCUCGAGUUGACUUAGUUUGCUUUCGUGCUGUCUGCACUUCAUGGAGAUACUCUGCCUCUUCACCUUCAUUUGAUCAAGAAAUCCCUCGUUUAAUUCUCAAGCUUCCUUCACCAAUCCAUGCAGAUGCGAUUCUCAUGCAAACCGCCGUUUGUCGCAUGGAACUUAUAAGUAAAUAUCCCAACUCCUUCUCUUCUUUUUCGAAAUCUUGGUUGGUUAAAGUAGGAGAGUCAAAAUAUGGUAAACAGCAGCUUUUGAAUCCACUUACAAAUUAUAAAAUCAAGUACUCACCAAUAUCAGUGAAUUUUCUUGAUUUUAAGUUUGUACAGUUGAAUAAAGCUUUCUUACUUCAACAGUCAAGACGGUUUCUUGUUUUCGGAAUAAUUAAGGUUGUUCCAUUUCCUAUCUCUGCAAGUUGUAGUAAUAUGGAUGGAUUUGGAAUUUUGGCAAUUUAUCAUGAAGGGAAAUUAGGUUAUUGGAAAUAUGGAGAUAAGGAAUGGACUUUGUUAGAUUACAAGAAUUUUCAAUAUGAUGAUAUUAUUGUGUACAGGGAGCAGUUUUAUGUUAUUGAUAGACGGGGCACGGUUUAUUGGAUUGAUUCAUCAUUGAAAGUGAUUCAAUACUCCCCUCCACUUUAUGGUUGUGGAGGGCAGAAGAAUUUGGUGGAGUCACGUGGAGAUCUUUAUGUUGUUGAUAGGUAUCUUGAUGGAGAAAGGAGAACAUGGAAAGAUUAUGAGAAUGUUAUGGACUACAGUGACAAUCCUUUUCGUGUUAGGAAACUCAGGAAGCAAAGCAGACCCAGGGCUGUUGAUCUGAGAGUUUAUAAGCUGGACGAGGAGUUGGCUACCUGGGUUGAUGUGAAAUCUUUAGAUGAUCAAAUCUUUGUCCUGGGUACGGACUGUUCUUUCUCGAUUUCGUGUAGAGAGUUUAAUGGAGGUAAAGGGAAUUGCAUUUAUUUCGUAGAUGGUGAUGAUCACGCGGGUAGAGGAUUAAGUGCCAGUAGCAUUCAUGUGUUUCAAUUAGAGGAUCGUAGCAUUGGGAAACUUGAUGUGAUGCCGGAGUUCUCUGACAUUUUCUGGCCGCCCAACAUGUUUGAUUCCUCAAUACAGAACAAUCCUGGUCUAGAUCUCUGAUUUGGUUCACAAUGGAAUUUUAAUAGUUUUAUGCAGCUAUGAAGAUCGGAGGUUCCCUCUCGCAGCCUCUCCCUCUGGGAAAAUGUGUUGUUAUAAAGAGUGAAUUUGUGUGGAGCUUGUCUUGACAGGGCUUUGUGUGCAUGGAGAGAAAACUUGCUUGGUCAUUGUAGAUGAACCUCUAAUAAUGUAUCUAUCAUGCACUUGCUAUUCUUAUGCUUGCAAGAUAUGGUUGCCCUCCUGUAAAUUUCAAUCUCUUCAACAGGCAGUCAGAUAUUUGAGAUGUAAUAAAAACUGAGGAUGUCUAAGAGUA